AUAUUCAGACAUAUAUAUUCAGUUAUUUGUCUUUCAGAGAUCCACCGGGCUCCACCUCAUCACAUUCGCGACCGUUGAUCAGAUCUAAAGUAUGAUUUUCCCCUUCUAUAAUGUUUCAGAGAAAAGCUCCUCGCAGUGUCACGAUAACUACACCUGUCUGUUCGUGUCACAAUAAUAAGAGCACUAAAUCACACACAAACAUAUUUUAAUGUUCGAUGCCAUAGUUUUGUGAUGUUGUCUCAAAACCCUAACUCUAAUUCGUUUCUAUUAUUGUUAUUAAUAUUAAUUUUUUCUAAGAAGUUGAAUGGAAACAGAAAAAGUUUUACAAAACCCUAGAGCUUCACCUUCAGUUGUUUUCAGUGCUAACAUUAACAGCAAGACGAUGCCAAAUGAACUGACGCAGAAGCCGCCGCCACUGCCGACCAUAAUGGAUAAGUUUCGAGCGCUUUUGAAGCAACGAGAAGAGGAAGCUAGGGUUUCUACGGCGGCUGGUGAUGAUCACGUCGUGGCUCUCAGUACAGACGAGGUUGUGGAGCUUUACGAGAUGAUGUUGGCCGAACUUACUUUUAAUUCGAAGCCCAUUAUUACUGAUCUCACGAUAAUUGCUGGCGACCAGAGAGUCCAUGGGGAGGGCAUUGCUCACGCAAUUUGCGCCAGGAUUGUCGAGGCUCCAAUUGAGCAGAAAUUGCCAUCCUUAUAUCUACUAGACAGUAUUGUGAAGAACAUUGGCAGAGAUUAUGUUAGGUAUUUCUCUUCUCGUUUACCUGAGGUAUUCUGCGAAGCAUAUAGGCAAGUUCAUCCUAACCUUCAUCCUGCUAUGAGACACCUUUUUGGGACUUGGUCAACAGUGUUUCCACCUUCAGUCCUCCAGAAGAUUGAAACUCAGCUACAGUUUUCUCCGCAAGUUAGCAAACAAUCACUGGGCACUAGCUCUUUGCAGGCUUCUGAGACACCUCGACCAACGCAUGGCAUACAUGUUAACCCUAAAUACAUCCGUCAAUUGGAGAAUUCAGCCCUGGAUAGUAAUAUUCAGCAUGUGAGAGGAACAUCUUCGAGCCUAAAAAUAUAUGGUCAGAAACCUGCCCUUGGAUAUGAUGAAUUUGAUGCUGAUCAUGCAGAGGUUACAUCAUCACAUAUGGGAUCCCAAAAAUUGAAUUCAACUGGUAGUGUUGGUCGUACUGCAAAUUUUGUUCUUGGAGCUAAUAAACUGCAUUCUUCUUCAACUUCCAGAAUUGCAAGACCGUUAUCACCUUCAAGAAUUGGAUCUGAUAGAAUUUUAUCAUCUGAGGGUGAUGAAUUUGCAGUAGAAAAUUCUCCUAGAAGGCCUGAGGUUGCCUCUCCAUCCCAUCCUGUGUUUGAUUAUGGAUUAGGCAGAGCAGUUGGCAGAGAUGAGGAGAUAAGUGAAUGGUGGAGAAAACAAUAUUCUGAUGAUAAUCACAAAAGAUUUGAAACUUCUGCGUCUUACAACCUUAGCAAUGGACUUGAGCAUCAGGGGCCUAGAGCUUUGAUAGACGCAUAUGGAAGUGACAGAAGAAUUUCAAAUAAUAAACCUUCACAGGUUGAACGUCUAAAUGUAAAUGGAAUGGGCAGUAAGGCGGCAUUAAGGUCAUGGCAGAAUACUGAAGAGGAGGAAUUUGAUUGGGAAGAUAUGAGCCCUACGUUAGCAGAUAGUGGCAGGAAAAGUAAAUUCUUGUCAUCAUCUGUUCAACCUUUUAAAAACCGUGCUACAAGGCUGGAUGUAAGAAAAUUGGGCACUGGCAUAUUGGAAUCUGAUAUUAGGAGCAAUCUCUCCAGUCAGGCUCAACUACCUAUGAUGGAUGAUUCUUCUAUAAUUUCUGAAGACGUUGUCUCUGCACUUGGUCGGUCUGGCCGUGGAUUGACUGGUAAUUUGUUUGGCUUCCAACCUGAGCCAAAUCAGAAUUCAGGUUCACGUUAUCCUCAUGAAGUGCGGAAUUUGCCAUAUCAUGUCUUGCAGUCAUCAAACCCUUUGAAUUCCAGCAGAGGGAGGGGAAGAGAUUUCCAGUUGCCUUUUUCAGCAGGUUCUGUAUCUUCAUUGGGUGCUAACAAAAUCACUCCACUUGUUGACAAGCAUCUGGAUGCUGAAACACAAUUCAUCAGGCCCCCUGCAAUUGAAUCUAGGAUAGGUUCUUCUGUUGUGGACUCGGUUAGUGCUGGGGCAUGGUCAGCCUCCAUACCGUCAUCAGCUGGGGUCUGGCCUUCAAGUGUGCAUAAAUCUCAUCCACUGCCUGUGUAUCCACUGCAGAAACAAACCAGGAGUCAGUAUGAUUCAACAAAUUCUGCCAGUAAUUUCAUGAAUCAAGGCCCAAAUAAGAUGUAUAUGCCUGAGCUGCAGUUUAAUGGUUCCGAGGGAAAGGAGCUAAGUUUGAUGAAGCCGCCACAGCAAAACCAGGUCCAAUCACAAUUCCUUCCUUCUCAGGAGGCUCGCAAUAACUUUGUUCCCUCUGUCACAGCUUCAGUCCCACCUCACUUAAUGGCAGCACCAGCAAAUCAUGAGUACAAUGCUGUCAUGAGUAUGGUUCCAUCAAAUCCAGUUCCUGGGGUGCAAUUACCUUUGCCAUCCCAAACUUUUUCAAACAGCUCCUCGCAUUUGCAGGGAGGAACCUUGCCACCUCUUCCUCCAGGUCCUCAUCCAUCUUCUCAAAUGAUACCCAUGCCUCAAAGUGCAGGACUUGUUACCCCUGGGCAACCACCAGGCACUGCAUUUUCUGGUUUGAUUAAUUCUCUCAUGGCUAAAGGAUUGAUCUCAUUGACAAAUCAAACCCCUGUACAGGAUUCUAUGGGACUGGAGUUUAAUGCAGAUCUUCUUAAGAUGCGCCACGAGUCUGCAAUAACUGCCCUAUAUGGCAAUCUUCCAAGACAGUGCACCACAUGUGGCCUACGGUUCAAGUGCCAAGAAGAGCAUAGUAGUCAUAUGGAUUGGCAUGUGACUAAGAACCGGAUGUCCAAGAAUCGGAAGCAGAAACCUUCUCGCAAGUGGUUUGUAAGUGCUAGUAUGUGGCUCAGUGGGGCUGAGGCAUUGGGAACUGAUGCAGUUCCUGGAUUUUUACCCACUGAGACUGUUGUGGUAAAGAAGGAUGAUGAAGAAAUGGCUGUCCCUGCUGAUGAAGACCAAAGUGUGUGUGCAUUAUGUGGGGAGCCAUUUGAUGAUUUUUAUAGUGAUGAGGCAGAGGAAUGGAUGUAUAAGGGUGCUGUCUACAUGAAUGCACCUGAUGGAUCUACAGCUGGCAUGGAUAGGUCUCAGUUAGGUCCUAUAGUGCAUGCUAAAUGCAGGUCGGAGUCUACUGUGGUCCCCCCUGAAAGUUCUACACAUGAUGAAGGGGGAAAUACUGAAGAGGGUAGUCAGAGAAAAAAAAUGAGGAGUUAGCUUCUAUUAGACGGCUUCAAAAUCUUUUGUAACUUAUUGAGUUUUUUAGUGGUAAGCUCGUAAUUUUGAGUUAGUUGGAGAUUGAAGUACCUUGGCUUUAUACUGGAAUCACGUACAUGUAUAGUUGGAUUUGUGUCUUGCACGAUAUCUUGCAGCAAAGAUUACAAAUUCUCUGGCAGUCUUACUUUUUAGCUUGUCCCUCUGUUAAAAUUCCUAGAGGAAAUAUAGACCAAUUUUUAUGGUGUUGAAAAGUCAUUGUUGGGUUCUAAAGAUUGAAUAUAUGAGGUGGGCAUAGGCGUGGAGGUACUUUUUGGCACUUUUUAACUUGAUAGAUAAAUAAGAUAAAAGGGAGAGGAGGGGAAUGCUCAAAGAAGUGUAAAAAUGCAUUUAAACUCUGUUCUGAGCAGUUAUUGCAAAAUAUGUUUUGUUUUGACAUUGUGUAGGGAUGUACAGAUAGCUUAUUCUGGCUAGCAGAUACUGUGGGAGACCUCUUUCUCAGUUAGUUUAGAGUGAUGGAUUGAUGAAACCAACAUAAGUUACUUUAUAUUUUAUGUUCAUGUUUAUUGUAUACUUUUCAGUAGCAACUUGUUUGAAGAGGAGUGUUUUUUUUUUUUUUUGAACUUUGCUGUUUUAAUAUUUUAAGUUCUUAAUCAGAACCUAUGUGGUUUCUUUGUUGGUUAAUGCAAUUCUGUUUCUGUUCAAA